AUGGAUGCAACAAGAUUUAUCCCACCUUUUAACACGGAUAGGAGGUCUUUUGCAACAGUGGUUGGUAGGCCAGUGUUACAGGUGAUUGAUAGUUUGCCAUCGACGAUCAAAGAUGGAGCAAUGAUUCGGCUUAAAAUUCCUCAAGCUGCAUAUAAUAGGCAACUACAUAAACAUCGGUUUGCAUUGCUGGGCAGGGUCAACUUUUGUUCAAUAUCCAUGGAUUUUUUAUGGUCUUAUAUCAAUGAGAACUGGGUAUUGAAGGAAUUGGUGGAACUAAGGUCUCUGGGCAAGGGAUUUAUUAUGUUCCAUUUUAAGAAUGAAGCCGAUAUGACAUCGAUUUGGAAGAGGGGUCCUGUUCCUGUAGGUGUCCAACUGAUUCGUUUUCAACAAUGGCGACAGGAUUUCUAUGUUUCUCAGCAAGAAAUUACUCACAAAUUGACUUGGAUUCGGUUUUCGGACCUACCUCAGGAGUAUUGGGAUGAGGAAAUUCUACUAUCAAUGGCUAAGGCUACUCAUGAAUCAAUGUAUGGUCCCUUCACACGUGUUGUUUUUGAAAACCCUCCGUCUCGGUGUUUGAAGUGUAGUCGUUAUGGACAUAGGGCAGAUGAUUGCUUUGGUGCUAUGAAGGAACCAACUAAUGAAGACCCUAUGGUGAUUGAAGAUCGAUUGAGGGAGGAAAGGCUGGUUAGAACUUGUCGGAGGUUAGUUGUUCGUGAAGUCCCUGUUUUGGCAUGA